AGGUCGCAGUCAUAAACAGGAGCUUUUAUGACCCCAGAGUCCACAUCUCGCUCCACCUACGAGAGGUAACUCAUGCAAAGUGUCCACGGAAGACAGAAAAAACUGUCCUCUCCCUUUUGCUCCGGCUUCAGAAGUGUUUAACCGAAAAGACGCUUGGAUUUCGAUUUAACAGGAACAUCUGGGAAACAGACAAAAUGCCUUCUGGAACGAAGACUCUUUAUUUUAUGUUCAGCGCGAUGCUAACCGCCAUAUCUGUCGGUCUGCUUGGAUAUGCCAUGUCCACCAAGUGGUCUAAAACGACCAUGGAAUGCUCAGGACUUGUAACCAACAAUGGAACUGCAGAAAUCACUUUGGGCCUUUUCAAUGGAAUUUUAGUAAGAGACUCUUGUCCAGGCUUUGGCAAUCAGGAUACCUUUUCAGUUUUUUCAGCGUUGUCGAAUAUAGAAGUGACUCCUCUGGCUCUCCACGGUCUGUGUUUGGGCCUGCUGGUCCUGUGCUUGCUGUCUUCCGCCCUCAGCAUCCUGAUCUCGCUCUACAACAGCGUCAGUAACCCUUACGAAACCUACAUGGGGCCCAUCGGGGUUUACACAUGCUCCUCCAUCAGCGCCUGCUUGUCCGUAUUGGUCCUCAUCAUAUUUGUGCUGAACCUCUACGUGACCACCAUGGCAGAGCAGUUGGUACCCAGCAUCGCUUCAAUUCCUCCCGUGGACCUGACGGGGAAAAGGACAGAGAUGCUGGUCGGGAGCAUCCUUCUCAUCCCUUACAUGGUGCUCUCUCUGCUCGCCAUCCUGUUGAUCUACCUGUACGACCACGCCGCCUACACCCACAGACGAGAACAGGAGAAGCCCACAGAGGAUGCUCCCAAGGAGAUCAUGAUGUACUAGUGAUAAUGCAGACAGUGACACUUUGCACAUUCCUUAUGACUUUCUGGGGGAACCUACUGUAAUAAAUCAUUGCAGAUCAUGGUUUUUGUACAGAAAAGAACGAAUGAACAUCUUGCCUGGUGUACAAGGUGUAGAAAUCAGUUCAUUAUAUUCAGUUUUAACAUUUUAGAGAAAAGGUUUAAUCAUGUUCCAGCUUUAAGUUAAUUUGUCUGUUUUAUCAAAAGUUUGGAUAGCCUCUUCAAUCUCGCAAAAUUUUUCGCAUGAAAUUACAUUCGUUCAAACCUAUUUAUUUUACACACGAACAAUGUGAGUGUACUUAGUGCAAUGCGAUAUAUUUUCAUAUUUUUCACAGUAAACUAACCGAUCAGCAGGACGUUAUAUU